AUGUCGACAAUCCCCAAUACAGCUGUCGCUUCUGGCCCCAGCAUCGACGAGCUGCUUGAGCGUAAUAAGCAAUAUGCUGCUGGGCACAAACCUAUUCCCACUUUAAUGGAUCGGGUGAGAAAUGAUGCCAAAACCAACGGUCCUCAUGUCUUGAUCGUCUCAUGCCUCGAUUCUCGCGCCAAUCCGAUGACCUUUUUGAAUGUCCAGGUCCGGGAAUGUCUUGUCUUGCGCAACGUAGCAGGACGCUUCGCCUCGGUUGCAGAAGACAUCGCUGCCCUCGACACUCUCUUUCACAUUUCUCAGAUCAUCCUCGUCCACCAUAACGAUUGCGGCGCGUCGCACGUAACCAAGCCCAAGAUUCUCGAUAGAGUCCACAAGAAGAGGCCCGAGUACACGGCAUUUGCAGAGCUCGAAGAAAGACUGCCAAUGAAGGAAAAUAACCGCGAUUCACUGCUGGAAGACCUCGAAAGAGCCAAGAAGUGCGGGUUCCUCAGGACAGAUCUGAUCGAGGGCAUUGUUGGGUUGUGGCUCGAUGUUGACACGGGGCUGGUAGAGAGGGUGUAUCCCGAGGAUAACUGA